UCAGUCUAUAUAAACCCGCUUAGAAUUCAGCAUUUGAUCACACAGAGGAGGAGUCAGCUGAGAGAAGAAGAAGAAGAAGAAGAAGAAGAAGAAGUGAGUGCCCUGAUUUUCCUUCAAAGAUAUCACCUCUCUAAAUCAAAGGAGAACACCAUGUUAGAGUUGGAGAUUUCGUCAAAGAAGAGGAGAUGGGAAGAAAUAGAUGUCAAAGAGGAUUUCGAGAAGCAAUCAAAGUUAUCAAAGGCCGUGGUUGAUAUUGAGCUCCAACUCGAAAGGCCCUUACCUGUGGAGUGGCAACGAUGCCUCGAUAUCAAGUCUGGACAGAUACACUUCUUUAACACCAGGACCCAGAAAAGAACCUCUAAGGAUCCAAGGCAAAGCCCAGAGCGUUCGAGUCCCAGCAGCAACAUCAGCUUGGACCUGGAGCUCAACCUCACUUGCGAGUCCCUUAGGAGCCGGAGCCAGAGCCAGAGGGAUGACAAUUCGACAAAGAGUGAGACCGGUGAUGGUGACCUCCCACACAACAAUUCAAACAAUAGUAUAAUUCCACCAUCCAAGAAUUCCGGCAGCUGCUACGGCAGGAUGGCACCGAUUACUCCUCCUUCGUGGGUGUCAUCGGAAUCAGAUGAACAGGAAAUGGUAGCGGCCGUGUGCAAGCGAUGUCAUAUGUUGGUCAUGCUAUGCAAGUCGUCUCCUGCAUGCCCCAACUGCAAAUUCAUGCACCCUCCGGACCAAAGUCCUCCCAACCUACUCAAGCCAGGCUUUAGGCUUUUGUGCUGUAAGGAUUAAAUCAGGCCUACUGCCUCUUUUAUUAAGAUGCCAACUUAGUACCACCUAGCUACUCGUAGUCUUGUCUUUAACCGUUAUUUGGCUCAUCUAUCUAUAUAGGCUCUAUUCUCCGGCCUCAACCCACUUUUCUCCUGUAAGAAGAGAAAAAGCAAAGACCCAAAGAAUAAUACUAGAAACUAUAAACUCAGAGGGAAAGAGAGAGUAAAUUCUGAUGAUGUAAAUAGACAAGAAAUGGGGUUUUCUGUAAGGAUUGCUCAUUAUCCUAUUAUCUAAUCUAAUGUAAAAGAAGGAAAAAGUAGUGCAUUAACUUUUAAUUAGGUUUUA